AUAAACGGCGGCGGCCCCGGCGCCCCGGCACUGCCGCGAUGAAGCUCGCAGCCGCCACCGGCCUCAUCCUCCUCCUGCUGCUGCUGCUGGGCCGGGCCGCGCCGGGCCGCAUGGCUCUGCUCCCCUCCGAGCCGUCGCUGCAGCCGCAUUCGGAGGUCGGGGACCAGCAGGCUCUGCUGCCUUUGGAGCCGUCGCUGCAGCCGCAGCCCUGGUCCGAGGCCGGGGAGCAGCAGGGCCGCCGCCGCCGCCGCCGCCGCCGCCGCCACGGCUCCCACUUCCCGCUCUGCUCCUACUGCUGCAACUGCUGCCGCAACCGGGGCUGCGGCCUCUGCUGCCGCACCUGAGCCCCCCCCGGCACCCACGGGACCCCCCGGAGCACCCACGGGACCCCCCAGCACCUGCGGGACCCCUCAGCACCCAUGGGACCCCCUGGAGGACCACAGCACCUGGAGCACCCAUGGGACCUGGAGGACCCCCCAGGACCCCCCAGCACCCACGGGACCCCCGGAGCACCCAUGGGACCCCCAAGCAUCUAUGGGACCCCUGGAGCACCCAUGGGACCCCUGGAGCACCCAUGGGACCACCAGAGCACCCAUGGGACCCCCAAGCAUCUAUGGGACCCCUGGAGCACCCAUGGGACCUGGAGGACCCCCAGGACCCCCCGGCACCCACGGGACCCCCGGAGCACCCAUGAGACCCCCAAGCAUCUAUGGGACCCCUGGAGCACCCAUGGGACCACCAGAGCACCCAUGGGACCCCCAAGCAUCUAUGGGACCCCUGGAGCACCCAUGGGACCACCAGAGCGUCUGCAGGACCUGGAGCACCCAUGGGACCCCCCAGCACCCAUGGGACCACCCCGAGCACCCAUGGGACCACCGGAGCGGCCACGGGACCUGGAGCACCCAUGGGACCCUCCCCCAGCACCCAUGGGACCCCCAAGGACCCAUGGGACCCCCGAGCAUCUAUGGGACCCCUGGAGCACCCAUGGGACCACCAGAGCACCCAUGGGACCCCCAAGCAUCUAUGGGACCCCUGGAGCACCCAUGGGACCACCGGAGCGGCUGCAGGACCUGGAGCACCCAUGGGACCCCCCAGCACCCACGGGACCCCCCAGCACCCAUGGGACCACCCCGAGCACCCAUGGGACCCCCGGAGCGGCUGCAGGACCUGGAGCACCCAUGGGACCCCCCCAGCACCCAUGGGACCCCCUGAAGCAUCCAUGGGCGAAGCACCUAUGGGACCUGGAGGACCCAUAGGACCCCCUGCAGCACCGCCAGGACCCGACGCGCCCGUGGGACCCCCCGGAGCACCCGUGGGUGCCGCUGCCCCCUAUUUAUUGCCCCCCAUGUACAGACCCCCCCCCUUUGUACUGCAGUAAAGAGCUUUUCUACA